UGAAAGCUCAGAAAAAUAUGACUCUUAUCAAAUGUUGAAUAGUAUAAACGCAGUAUAAUGCGUAUCGGGUAGGAUAGCUGAACCUACCGUUUUCUAUACCGGUGUCAGUUUAAUUAUGUUAAUGUUUGGCUGUAUGUACUGUAUGGAUAUUGGUGAAAAAGAUAUACUAGUAUUCUAAGUUGUGUUCAUUGUGCUGGAAUAACACACGAUUAAAAAAUGAGGAUGUCUCGACAGAUACCAUUCCGGAAGUUAAAGGUUGUGAUUAUGUUCUGCGCAUGUCUGUUCACUAUGUUUGUGCUUUGGUCAUCAACUGGACAUAAACCUGGAAUCUACACUAUUCCCAGUAAUAAAUAUUAUGAAGGUAUAUUACGACACGAAGAAACUUUCAAAAUGGAAUUAAAAACUCAAUCAAAAAAACAGGAUGAAUUUGUGUGCAAUGAAAUAGUUCCAUUUAAAAACAUAUCUAGCGGAACAAUAUCUACAUACGAUUUACCCUUAGAAACGGACUACAGCCUUGAUUCAGACGGGCGAUAUAAACUGCCAGAAGAGGUCCUACAAGCAAAAAGCACAGAUGACGAGAUCCAAGUGAUUCUAGUGCCCUUUUCCCACACUGAUCCCGGAUAUGGACAAACGGUAGAGAAUUACUACACCGGAUCAACUAAACAUGUGCUGGACAAUAUGGUAGACUUUUUGACUAAACAUAGAAACAUGACAUUCCAGUGGGUAGAAACUGUGUUCCUGGAGAGAUGGUUCCGUGACAUCACUGAGGAAACCAAACAAAAGGUACGCAAACUUAUAUCACAGGGGCAACUUGAAGUGGUCCUUGGAGGAUGGGUCAUGCCAGACGAGGCGAUAACACACUAUGCACCGGUGGUGGACCAGUUGAUUGAAGGCCAUCAAUGGCUUAUUGAGAAUCUUGGGGUCUUUCCUGUGAAUGCUUGGAUAAACGAUCCAUUUGGUUAUUCUAGUACAAUGCCAUACUUGUGGAAAAGUAGUGGUAUACAGAAUAUGGUCAUUCUUCGAAUUCAUCAAGCAAUCAAACAUACCCUAAUGCGAAAGAGGAGCCUCGAUUUCAUGUGGCGGCCAUAUUGGGAUUCCGAGGGUAGAAAUGACAUAUUAUGCAAUUUAAUGCCGUACACUGAGUACUGGAAUAGCAAAGUUUGUGGACCAGACAGCAGAGUAUGUAAAAAGUUUAAUUUUCUUCAUUUACGUUCUUAUAACCAGGACAAUGUCAAACCUGUAUCACAAGAUAAUAUUGAAUCUUUAGCAACAGAAUUGUACAAGGCUUACACAUUCACAGCAUCCUUGUACAAAUAUAACAGUUUAAUAAUAUUCCUCGGAGAGGAUAAUUCCUACAGUACAACACAGAGCUGGGCUGAUACGUAUGAAAAUUACGGGAAACUUAUGACAUAUAUUAAUAGCAAAUCUGAGUGGAAAAUGAAAAUUAAGUUCGGCACGAUUAAGGAUUAUUUUGAAAAUAUUCGCAAAGAAGAAAAGACAAAACUUCAAUCAGCGUUUCCGGUUUUAAGCGGGGAUUUCUUUCCAUACUCCGAAAAAGAAAAUGAUUACUGGACCGGAUAUUUCACUACUCGUCCAUGGAUUAAACGUCUGACAAGGGAAGUAGAGCCACUUGUUCGCGCCGGGGAUAAAUUCAGCGUUAUACUUUAUAACACGUGCAUUGUGUCGAAAGGUUGCACUGGUAUCAAAGACGUUUAUAGUAGUAUCCUCAGUGAGCUGCGUUCUGCAAGGAGACAUGUUGGAAUCUUUCAACACCACGAUGGUAUUACGGGAACUUCUUUGCCCUUUGUGGUCAAUGAUUAUGAAUUAAGACUUAUGUCGGCUUUCAAAAGUGCUCAAAAAGCACUAACUUUGGCAGUGAGUUUAAUAGUGUCAGAUGCUAACGUGAAAGAACAGUUUGCUUUGGGAGACAACAACGAUAAAUUAGGGGCAAGAAACAUCUUGACGCCAAAGAUAUAUAGAUUGAAAAACAGGAAACUUAAACUAUAUGUUGUUAAUCCUUUAGAAAAAGCAAGAAAAGGUGUAGUGAGUUUCUAUACAGACAAGAAUGAGCUUACUAUCUCCGAUGUGAUUUCCCAUCAAAUAGGAGAACCUACGUCUUCCAGGUUCAAGAGGUUUAACUUGGUUACCAUCUUCGUUGAUUUGUCUCCUUUUGAAAUUAAAAUGGUUCAAGUCGAGGCGAAAGGCGAUGGCACAAAUCGGUCUCCAUACUUUGAAGAUACGGUCAAAUCAAGUGGAGACUCAACGGAAAUUAUUACUAUUGAAAAUAAGUAUAUGAAAGUGGAGUUUUACAGUAUAAAUGGUUCUUUGAAAAGUAUAGCAGACAGUUCAGGUAGAAAAACAGACAUAACAUGUAGCUUCUUGAAAUACAAACCCGUUAAAAGCGGUGCGUAUUUGUUUGGACCUGGUGGCCCAGCAAAACCCAUAACUGAGCUACCUCAACCGGAAGUGUCGGUGUCUACUGGACCGGUACAUUCUCAAGUUACGGUUUCUUAUAAAUCCGGAUUUACACAGAGGUGGAUUUUAUAUCACACAGACGACAUAACUGGACAUACACUUCAUGUAAGACAAGAAAUAACGCUGGAAUUGGAACCGAGGCUUGUUGAGUCCGAGGUCAUUCUGCGAUUUAAAACCGACAUUGAUAACAAAGACUUAUUUUUCACUGAUCAAAAUGGCUUUCAGCUCAUUGGACGGAAGAACAACAAGGAUCGACCUAUUGAGACUAAUUAUUACCCUAUUACAACAAUGGCUAUAUUAGAAGACAGCACCAAACGAUUAACACUCCAUUCCGCACAGAGCCACGGAGUGGCUUCCCUUGAGGACGGUUGGUUAGAGGUUAUGUUAGACAGAAACAUGAAUCAUGACGACCAAAAGGGGCUAGGUAUGGGCGCACCUGAACGCGUUGCUUCUUUGUCGGAAUUUAUGCUACAGAUAGAGUACAAGAACGUGCCAUCAAAAAUACAGGAAGUCAGAUAUACACAUGAGUCAGUUUCAAGUAUUAUCUUAAACGAACAGCUACAAAACAAAUUGCAAUUGUUUUCAGUAGAACAACAUAAUGACAAAUUCAUUCACGGUUUUGAGUUAGGUCAAAAACCGCUACCAUGUGAUGUAUCUAUUGUCGGUCUUCGAAAUCUGGUCACAAAUGAUUUAGAUUACACCGGAACUAGUUUAGUUGUACACCGGAAACCAGUUCAUUGCGAAUUUCCUACAAAUGUUUCAACAUGCAGUCUUUCCAACGGUCCUCUCACAUUAAACGAUGUCAGAUUCGGUUUAGAUACGAACGUUUUAGAGAACAAUGUAACUGAAACAUCUCUUUCGCACAUACAUAGAAUAGGCAAAACUAAACUGUCAGAUGACGUCAGACCAAAGGUGAAUGAAAUGAGAGCGUUUCUCCUAAAACCCGAGCCGCCAUAACGAAUCACAUUGGUAAAUUUGGUAUUCAAAAAAAAGGCAGCUAUUUAUUUUUUGUAUAGUUACAUGCGUGUUUAAACUAAUAAAGUUGUAUAUAUCAACAUAGCAGCAACAUUUUAUAAUUUGUACUUGUUUUGCUUAAAUAAAUAAGUAAAACCAUUAAAUGUUGUAUCACGUACUUUCUCCGAUAAAAGUAGCCGGUUAUAGUCGUGUUACUUAGUACAAAAAUGCGAGUUUUGAUACAUUGUAUAAGCACGGUUAAGCGGAAGCAAAAAAUCGGCAGACGUUACCUUAUUGAUUCCGUGUCACGGCAGACGUUACCUAAUUGAUUCCGUGUCAUUGUAUCAUCGGUAUAUUUUAAAUACAGAUGUCAACUAUCUGACGCAGCUAUAUGAAAGUAUGAUUGGUUCGUAAACCUAAGGAUAAGUUCAAUGUGGAAGGUAUGCUUUUGGCGCUUUGUACCGACUUUGGGGCUCAUCCACUCCCCCCCCCCACCACCACCCCCACCCCCCCCUCCGCACACACACACACACACACACGCACACACACACACACACUACGCAGAUGUGAGAAGUAUGUCAUAAAACUCGGAGCGUUAUUUGUCUAUUUGUGUAAAAUAAUCAUCAAUGUAUCUCCAGAAAAAAAAAAGUCGAAACUAUCGGGAACUGUUAGUAUUUUGUCAUUUUUGAGAACGCUUUCCACGGACCGACAAUAUUGUUGAAACAAUAUGCAUUUUUAAAAACAUUUACGGCUUGAAAUGGCAGUGCAAUAUUUAUAAUAAGAAACAAAAAUAUGAAAAACUUCAAGCAAUACAAACAUUUUACAUACAUUAUUUUUAUCCAUUUUUGGGGUGUUUCGUUGUUUGUUGAUCCUAACUUCUUUGAAAAGUAUUAAAACUUGGUUGGCAUUUUAUCACCAUAUUUAUCAUAAUAACUCCCCUAUAUAGCAACAGUUUCCUGUUCGUACUCAAAUACCCAUGCAAUUUGCUGGUGUUAUUGUAACUGGUACUGUUUCUUUGUAAUCCGAAUGAAAUAAAAGCAUGCAUUCGGGUCUUUUGUAGCCGCCGCAACGACCAUAUUGUGCUCCUGUUUAAAAUGUCGUAUAAAUAUACGUUACGUUAUAGACGUCAAGAGACAUUUCAAUGACAUUCAUUCGAGCAUCAUUAAAUAAUUGUUAAAUGAGCCGCACCUUGAGAAAACCAACGCAGUGCAUUUGCGACCAGCAUGGAUCCAGACCAGCAGGCGCAGGACACAUGCUGUUCGCUAACGGUUUCUCUAAUUGCUGGUCGCAAACGCACUAUUUUUUUUCCCGUGGCGCGGCUCAAUCAUUAUUAUUUGUAUUUACAUGAAGCAAGUAUUAUUUAACAAACAAUAGCUUUCAUUUUUACUUUCGAUAAAAUAAAGCGAUAAUUUUUUACUUGGGAUAAAAAUUCGGACAUUCAGAAUUACCAAAAUGAAAUAUCUCAUUUACAUAUUUUUAAGACAAAUACAACUUCAAAUAGACCAACAGAUCGACAAAUAUUUGAAAACAUCACCCAAAUAUAAGUAUGCUUAUUCUAAAGUUUGGACUAUAUCAUAUAUGUUACUUUUGUGGCAUUUCUUCCCAAUCUUGUUUGUAUUUUUUUAUGUGAUACCGUCCGUUCCUUCGUUUGUAACGUGAAAAGCGGAUAUGACGUUAUCAAGUGAACGUCUGCAAAGACGUGCCGUUUAAUGACGUGAAUAUUAUAAAAACAGAAGAAAAUGGAUACCUCAUGCAGAACUGAAAAUUUCAAUGCGUGACGGUCGAUUUUUUCUCGUCCGUGCUUGGCACAAGGUUUUGAUGGAAUAUUCAUUGUGUUUGAUUUUACUGAAUUUUAAUAACCAUUCUGAUUUUUCUCAGUCAUUUUCUUUAUGAUAUAUUUUGUACCUUGUAUUUAUAUUAGAUCUAGUCCAUACUCGUG